UUUCUCUCCCUCUCUCCCUCUCCCCCUGUGUGCUUGCUCUCACUCUCAUCGGCCGCGAUUCGACGUCCAUUCACGGAUCUCCGCUUAACCGCGACGUGUCAUCCACGCCCUCGGGUCUCCCUCGCGGAGCGGAAGCCGCGCGAACGUUUUCCCGUGUCCGCGAUUUCCGCCGGAAACUCUCGCGUCUCGCUCUCUUUUUCUCCGUCUCUCCCUCUCCCCCUCCUCCCCCUCACUCACUCUCUCUUUCUCAUUCUCUCUCUCGCUCGAGGCGCCGCGUCACGCAACGCCCACGCGCGAAAGCUCUCGCGUCUCGCCGCUUGCGUCAGGAGAACCAUCGCACGGAGGAGGCGGCACGGCAAGCGUCCCGGGGAGACGUCAGACACGCGUUCAUCGUCCUCCGCCGUCGCGGAAAUCGGCCCCCUUUCCGAAAAGGGAAACGGCAGAGAGCGAGAGAACGCGAGUUUCGCGCCCGCCGGAUACACUCCCUCGUCGUCGUCGUCGUCAUCGCGCGAUCGUGCACCCGCGGUAUCGAUCUGGACCGGCGGAUUGAUCCAUCGCGCUACGUGUCCACGGAUUACUCGCAAGGUAAAUCGCGCAUUAUCGCGCUCGGUCAUCGCGAUUCUCUCUCCUCCCGUCGUAGACGCUCGUCAUCCGGACGAGCCGGCCGUUGUUUUUCACGAUUCUGAUUUUGCGUUUUCUUUGUUAUUCACAUCGGGGCCUCCUCGGUUCUCUCUCUCUUUCCUUCCGUUCGGAUUGCACUAUGUUGCUGCUCGCGUACAGUAGAGAAUACCCGCCGACGGAGGAGAAAGCACGCUCGAUCCUCGCGAUCGGCUAGUCCUUCCUAAUAGAAUUUGCACGUUGUUCGCGCUCGCCCGACUAUCGUAUGUAUGCGGUAAAAUAUCUCACGCAUUCUUCACCGGCGCAUUCUGUCCGCCAGCUAACGUACGACUGGUUUCACCGGGGACAUUCGAGAAGUGAUUUAAAAGUGUUUUUUCGAGGCAAGAGCAGCCCGGCAAGCGAAGGGGCUCCGGGACCAACGCAACAGAGGAGCAUGGGUCCGAUGCCAGAGGCUUCAGGAUCGGGGAUGAUCGUCGACGAGUCCGACUACUCGACCUUCGAGAAUAAAACCGGCCUGGCAGAGGAUAUGAAGUUCCUCGCGAGCAUGCCAGAGCUGUGCGACGUGACCUUCCUCGUCGGCGACACCCGGGAACCCGUUUGCGCCGUGAAGGCCGUGCUCGCGGCCAGAAGCAGAGUCUUCCACAAGAUGCUGUACCAAACGCCGAGCCCGCAACGUAAGAGAGAGAUGCCGCGCGAGAACAAAAUCCGGCUUUUCCUCAAACGCAGCUCCGAGCCGCUGUUGAACCUGCAGAACGCGGCGCAACAGCGGUCAGGGUUCACGCAGCAACUGGCCCCCAUCCAAGAGCCGCAGGUGAAUCAGCAUCACACACUAAUUAUCGAGGAGUUCGAGCCCGAUGUCUUCCGCCAGUUGAUCGAAUACAUCCACACGGGAUGCGUGACGCUGCAGCCCAGGACUCUGCUCGGUGUGAUGAACGCCGCUGAUUACUACGGCCUGGACGAGCUCAGGCGAGCUUGCGCCGGCUUUGUUCAGUGCUGUAUAACUGUCGACACUGUUUGCGCUCUGCUGGCCUCGGCGGAACGUUACAUUCAGUAUAAGUGCACGAAGUCGUUGGUGCAAAAGGUGUUGGAGUUCGUCGACGAGCAUGGCAACGAGGUGCUAAACCUGGGCUCCUUCACGCUCCUGCCGCAGCACGUUGUCCGCCUGAUCCUUGCCAGGGAGGAAUUGCGCGCGGACGAAUUCACAAAAUUCCAAGCCGCGCUGAUGUGGAGCAAAAAGUAUUGUGACAACAACCAGAAUACACCGUUGAAAGACGUGAUCGGCAACUUCAUCGAGUACAUACAGUUUCACAAGAUACCGGCCACCGUGCUGAUGCAAGAGGUGAACCCGCUGGGCCUGGUGCCGCCGGAGAUUAUCAUGAACGCGUUAGCUUAUCAGGCAGACCCAACCAGUGUCGACCCCAGAAAGUUCUCCCCCCACAGAGUGAGGAGGCAAGGCCGCAGCAUGUCGGUGCAGUCCUCGCUGGACCCGUACGGCAGCAACACGACUCUGAGCUCGAGCGGCUCCGACGGCGGAUCUGAUCAGAAGCAGCAUUCUGGUAGCAACUAACCUCAGGCCACGGCCGCACAGAUUGCGGCCGUUUCGGACGAGCCUCGACGCGAGGACCCUUGCGGCACCGACGAGGGAGCGGCGACGGUGA